AUGGCCGCCAUCAAUGGCACAUCUCAAGCCAUAAAAGUCCCAAUCCUGGGCAAAGACAGCAUUGUGGUCGACUAUGGUCUCUGGCCUAACUAUGCGACUUACGACCUCCUUGCAAACAUCGCUUCGUCCACGUACGUCAUCAUAUGCGACUCGAACCUCGCAAAACUCGACUAUGUACCCAAUUUCGUCAAGAGCUUCGAAGCAGAAAAAAAGAGGCAAGGGAAGGACACCAGACUGCUCAUUCAUGACACUGUUCCGCCUGGAGAAGGAUCAAAAAGUCGCCAGAUAAAAGCAGAUAUCGAAGACUGGCUACUUGCACAAGGAUGCACGCGAGACACAGUUAUCCUCGCGCUGGGAGGAGGCGUCAUGGGCGACUUGCUAGGCUUUGUCGCAGCAACCUACAUGCGUGGUGUUCGCUUCGUGCAGAUUCCUACCUCGCUUCUUGCUAUGGUCGACAGCAGUAUUGGAGGCAAGACCGCAAUCGACACACCUUUGGGCAAGAACCUGAUCGGAGCUUUCUGGCAGCCGGAGAGAAUUUACAUCGAUCUCCAGUUCUUAGAGACGCUUCCAAAGCGACAGGUCUGCAAUGGAAUGGCUGAGGUCGUGAAGACCGCGGCAAUCUGGGACUAUGAAGAGUUUGAACGAUUGGAAGAGAAUGCAGAUGCAAUCAUGGCAGCACUUGAGAGACCACUAGGAAGAGGAAGGUUCGAAGGAAUUGAGGACGUCUUCAAAAGAAUUGUGCUCGGAUCUGCAAGGAUCAAGGCAGGCGUCGUGAGUGCCGACGAAAGAGAGGGCGGCUUGAGAAACCUGCUCAACUUCGGACAUUCCAUCGGCCAUGCAUACGAAGCAAUCUUGACACCCGAGAUCCUGCACGGAGAGUGUGUGGCGGUGGGCAUGGUGGCCGAAGCAGAGUUGUCAAGAUACCUUGGAAUUCUGCCUCCUGGCGCAGUUGCAAGAUUGACAAAGUGCAUCGCCAGCUACGGUCUGCCCACAAGCCUUGGUGACAAGCUCAUUACAAAGCUGACAAGCAAGCAUUGCGACCCGGAAGAGCUUCUGAGACGCAUGGCUGUGGACAAGAAGAAUGCCGGGUCAAAGAAGAAGGUUGUGAUACUUGCUGCCAUUGGACGAUGUUACGAGCAAUCUGCCACGAAAGUGGACGACAAAGAUCUGCGUAUUGUGCUGUGCCCGUCGAUCGUUGUCAAGCCCGGCGUGAAGAAAGGUCUAGACGUCUCCUGCAAGCCACCAGGAAGCAAGAGUAUUUCGAAUCGGAUUUUGCUCAUGGCUGCUCUGGGCGAGGGCAAAUGCAAGAUCAGCAACUUGUUGCAUUCGGAUGACACGCAAUACAUGCUUUCCGCAAUCGCAAGCUUGCAAGGCGCAAAGUACAGCUGGGAAGAUGAAGGCCGUAUCCUUGUGCUUGAAGGCAAUGGCGGCAAGCUGAAAGCUUCGCCCAGUGAAAUCUACAUUGGCAAUGCUGGCACUGCUUCUCGUUUCCUGACAACUGCCCUCACGCUUGCGCAGCCAACCACUGACGCAUCGCAUACGGUUCUCACAGGCAAUGCACGCAUGCAAGAACGUCCUCAAGGCCCGCUGGUUGAUGCUCUACGAUCAAACGGCAUGGAAAUGGAGUACUUGGGAAAGCCAGGAAGCCAAUCACUUCCCCUUCGCAUUGCUGCUGCCGGUGGCUUCGAGGGAGGCGAGAUCGAGCUCACGGCUAAAGUCUCAUCGCAAUACGUCUCCUCCAUCCUCAUCUCUGCGCCUUACGCCAAGAAGCCAGUCACCUUGAAGCUGGUUGGCGGAAAGGUCAUCAGCCAGCUCUAUAUUGACAUGACCAUCGCAAUGAUGGCGUCCUUUGGUGUGCACGUCACAAGAAGCAAGGCCGAGGCCAAUGUCUACCACAUCCCUAAGCAGCCAUACAAGAACCCAGCAGAGUAUGAGGUCGAGUCAGACGCAAGCAGUGCCACAUAUCCGCUUGCGAUGGCUGCAAUCACUGGCACCAAAUGCACCGUACCGAACAUCGGAUCUGCUUCACUGCAAGGCGAUGCGCGUUUCGCAGUGGAUGUGCUUAGACCAAUGGGCUGCCAUGUUGAGCAAACUGAGACUAGCACGACUGUUACUGGACCUCCACCUGGCGAGCUAAUUCCUCUUCCGGAAGUGGACAUGGAGCCCAUGACUGAUGCUUUCCUGACCGCAUCUGUACUGGCUGCGGUUGCCAAACCCAACAAGCACGGUGCAACGACAAGGAUCGUCGGCAUCGCAAACCAGAGACAGAAGGAAUGCAACAGAAUCCAAGCGAUGGAGGAUGAGUUGGCAAAGUUUGGUGUGAGCUGUCGCCAGCUGGACGAUGGUAUCGAGAUCGACGGCGUCGGUUUUGACGGCAUCAAAGCUCCGCGUCAGCCAAUUCACUGCUACGAUGAUCAUCGUGUGGCAAUGAGCUUCAGCGUGCUUGGAGCUGUUGCACCAAAGCGCACAAUCUGCGACGAGCGGGAGUGCGUAGGCAAGACAUGGCCAGGCUGGUGGGACCAGUUACAUCAAAUCUUUGGCGUAGAGCUUGAGGGUAUUCAGCUUGACCAGCCUCAUACGAAUGGUACGAAUGGCACUGCCAAUGGCGUGAACGGUGAUGGCAAGUCGCACAGAGAAGUCAGGAAAUCGAUCUUCAUCAUUGGCAUGAGAGGCGCCGGCAAGACAACAACUGGUGGCUGGGCAUCUCGAAUCCUAGGCUGGCCACUCCUUGAUAUGGACACCGAGCUUGAAGCGCAAGAAGGUAUGACUAUACCAGAGAUGCUCAAAGACAACGACUGGGCUGGAUUCAGACAGCGCGAGCUGAACCUAUUGAAGCGCAUGACUCAAGAAAAGGGAGAGGGUCAUGUCAUUGCCACAGGUGGUGGAAUAGUUGAAACGCCCGAAUGCAGAGAGAUCCUUAAAGACUGGCAGAAGGACGGCAUGGUUCUCUACGUCACACGAGACAUCAAGGCUAUCAUGGACUUCCUUCAGAUUGACAAGACUCGACCGGCAUACGUGGAAGACAUGAUGGGUGUCUACUUACGACGAAAGCCGUGGUUUGAGGAGUGCUCCAACUUGCAUUAUCACAGCCAGACUGUCGAUGAGAGUGCUGCUAUUGCAGGAUGGACAAGCCCUCUGGACGACUUCAGCAGGUUCCUGAACACCAUGACUGGAAGGAGUGGUGCCUUGGAAAAGCUUCAAAGCAAGGAGCACUCAUUCUUCAUCGCGUUGACGAGUCCGACAGUGCAGCAGCUUCUGCCCGUCCUGUCAGAGGUUACUAUGGGUGCCGAUGCCAUAGAACUGCGAGCAGAUCUUCUGGUUGACCCCAAGUCAAAGAAUGGUCUGCCGACGCCUGACUUCCUCAUCGAGCAGGUCGCUCUGCUUCGUUCAAGCUCGACUCUCCCGCUGAUCUUCACGCUGCGCUCCGUCAGUCAAGGUGGGCGCUUUCCGGAUAAUGAUCUUGAUCUGGCUAUUAAGCUUUAUCGCGAAGGUCUUCGCAUGGGCUUUGACUUUGUGGAUCUUGAGCUCACGGCUCCGGUGGAGGUCAAGAAAUACGUGCUGUCGCAUCGCAAGAUGUGCACUAUCAUUGCUUCUCAUCACGACCCUGAGGCAACUCUGGCCUGGUCGAAAGGUGCGCCGGAGUGGCGGAAGCACUUCGAGUCCGCUUGCGAAUAUGGCGAUAUUGUCAAGCUUGUCGGUGUUGCGAAGUCCUUCGAUGACAAUGAUGACCUCAAGGCUUUCAAGAAGGACAUGGCUUUCCUAUACCCAGACCUACCUGUCAUUGCCCUGAAUAUGGGUGAGCUAGGGAAGAUGUCCCGUGUCACCAACGGCUUCAUGACCCCGGUCUCUCAUCCAGCAUUACCGAGCAAAGCUGCUCCUGGACAGUUGUCUGCUGCAGAGAUCAGAAAGGUGCUCGGACUUGUGGCGCAAAUUCCCGCGAAGAAGUUUUAUCUUUUUGGCAGGCCGAUCCAACAAUCACGAUCUCCUGCGUUGCACAACACACUGUUUGACUUGACUGGGUUGCCUCACAUCUACAGCCUGCAUGAGACUGAUGAUAUCAAGACGACUGUGGACAUUAUCCGAAGUGCAGAAUUUGGGGGCGGCAGUGUAACGAUUCCUCUCAAGCUGGAUGUCAUGCCUCUUCUCGACUCAAUUGACUCUGCUGCCUCUACAAUCGGUGCUGUCAACACGAUUGUUCCCACGAAGACGGCCGAAGGUAAGACCAUCCUGGUAGGCCACAACACGGAUUGGCAAGGUAUGGUCCUUGCUCUUCGCAACGCUGGUGCUGGAGCUGGCAAUGGGGUUUUCAAGGACUCUGGAAUGGUCAUUGGGGGUGGCGGCACUGCUCGGGCCGCCAUCUACGCUCUCAAGCAGAUGGGAUACUCGCCAAUUUAUCUCGUUGGACGCAACAAGCAGAAGCUAGGACAGCUGACCCAGUCUUUCUCUGAAGACUACCACAUCAAGCUUCUUGCAACGGCAAAAGAUGUCGCAAGCAUACCUACCGAGCAGCAGCCGGUCGUUGCCAUCGGCACCAUUCCUGCAGAUCUGCCUAUCGACUCCGUGAUGGAAGCAAACCUGAAAUCGAUCUUUGAAGUCGGCGCCACAAGCGCAAAUGCUUCAGGCGUGGUGGCCGCGAAUCGCGGAAAGGUGCUUCUGGAGAUGGCGUACAAGCCUUCUGUGACGAAUUUGAUGAAGAUGGCGGAAGCUAGCGGGUGGAGAAGGGUAGGUGGGCUUGAGGCAUUGACUGCUCAGGGCGUGCAUCAGUUCCGGCUGUGGACGGGAAUUAUGCCUCUCUAUGCGCGGAGUCGAGAUGCAGUGCUCGGCGUGAAUGCUGUUGAGAGGAUAUGA